CAACAUGGAUGUUAGAGAGUCUCUCGCUACUAUGUUGAAUGAAAAUUUCUGCCCAAAUCAUUUGGAAGUUUUGAAAUCGUUUACAGCUGCGUUACGGGAUCAAGAAUAUAGAGAUGCUGUGGAUCGAGAGGUAUUCUGCAGUCUCUUGAAGGUCAUAUCCAAGCUGUGUGAGGAGCUACAGGCUGCAGAUGUAGAGGAACGGGGCUCGCAGUAUUUACCUGUCUGUCUUCAGAUCACAGCAGAGUGCUUCAGGGCUCAAAGGAAUGCCUGCGUCCAGAGCCCACGCAACCAGGGGCUGUUGGGGGAGCUUGGUUUCACGGAGGUGUCUCUUAAAAUCUUGGACCUGCUUCAAACCCUAAAUUUGGGGAGCAGAGACAGUGUAUUUGAAUCCCUGCGUUGUGGCAUCCAGUUUCUUGGAAACCUAGCCGUGGGAAACUGUGCAUGCAAAGAUGACAUUUGGCAGCUGAGCUUCCCAGAUCAUUUCCUGAAGCUGCUCAGUGUUGAUGAUGUGAAGGCAGUAGGCUAUGCCUCCAUGGUGCUCCACACUUGUCUGGAUGAAGCCAAGGUGGAACAGCUGGUUCAGCCCAACAACAUCUGCCUGGCCCUCAGGGUCAUGGAGCUCUGUAGGACCCAACCCGAUCUGGAUUGGACGGUUCUGAUUGCUACCCAGCACCUCCUCAAGUCUUCAGCUUUGGUGGAGACCAUGUACUCUGGGAUGUCUUACCUAGAGAGAGUUACCUUGUUAGAGCUGCUUUCAGCUGAACUAGGACAGGAGGACUCUGAGGAAUGUGGCAUCCCUCCCAGUAUGGCUCGUUUCCUAGCCUGCUGCUUCCAGCAAGGUUGUGGAGCGGUACUCAGACUUGCCUCUGCAUCUGCUGCCAGUGAUGAGGAGGCGCUAACAGUGAUCAGUUUGCUGGAUGUGCUAUGUGAAAUGACCUCAGACCGCCAGCAGUUCAUGUUCCUGCAAGACCACCCUGACCUGCUCAAAACCACCGUUGAGCUUCUGGAGCAGGUCCAUGCAUUGGGGAAGGCUAGUAAGAAUGUCUUUAGUGUGGCUCAAAACUUCUCUCCCAGCCAAGACGGCGGCUUCUCGUCAUCUUCUCCGUCCAUCAGCUUCAAGGCCCACCUCAUCAGACUGAUAGGAAACCUCUGUCACAGCAACACCAACAACCAGAACAAGGUGAGAGAAAUGGACGGCAUCCCACUCAUCUUGGACAACUGUAGCAUUGACAGCAACAACCCAUUCAUCAGCCAGUGGGCAAUCUUCGCCAUCAGGAACCUUCUUGAGAGCAACAAGGAGAAUCAGGAGCUGGUGGCGGUGUUGGAGUGCCGUGGCACAACCGACUACUCUGCCCUCAGGGAGCUGGGCUUCCAGGUUGUGAAACGAGAUGGCAGCCUCCUGCUGAAGCCCAUGAAGAAGGACACCUGAGAAUUGCAGAGGUCCACCCAUGAGACUGGAAGCCCUCAACACUUGAGCAGGUUUUCAUGUUAAGCGAUUGGUCAUAGAGUUAAGGCAUAUAUACGUGUGUGUGUGUGUGUGUGUGUGUGUGUGUGUGUGUGUGUGCGCGCGCACUAAGAGUUGCUUUUGAAACAAGUCUCUUUCAUACUAGCUAUUUAACCUCACUUAAGGGUGAGUUGCUCAGCCAUUAUCUGAACCCAUAAGUUCAGUGCCUGAUUGGAAGGGUUGGCAUUCAUGCUACCAAUUAAGCCAAUAAAGUAAAAGUGCUUGUGAAUAAGAUGAAUGACAAUAUAUGCUCCAGAGGAGUGAGCUUAACUGAUUUUGCCACCUUCAUUAUGCCUGCUCAUUCCCACAGGACAAAUAAGAUUGGGUUUGUUUACGUAGUACACAAAAGACCCAUGGGGUAUCUCUGUUGUAAAAGCAGGUUUCAAGAGGGGUCAAACAGGUCAAGAGCUGACGCUUUGUCUUGACCUAAGUCUACGAAAUGAGGAGUCUCUGAGAAACGGGAGCCCAUGCUGGUACCUUUUUGUGAAGCUGCAGAAUUGUGAUUUAAUCCAAAAACAAAGAACCCCACAGUCUCCUGGUUUUUGACACCUUGAGAAAUAUUUUUAACAACCAGCAGGAGUUUGGGGGGGGGGGUUCAUUCCAUACACCGACACUUCUGCCAGUAGAACAGAGAAUGACCAAAACAUGAUGUAAUGAGGUGACCCCCACCCACCCCAAUUACUAAACACAACAGAAGUGGGGAGUGCUGGGAAAUCCUUAUAAAUCCCUGCAGUUGCCUUUGCCAGAGCUGUGAACUGGGUGGUACAGUAUUUUAUUUGUAUCUUUAUUUAUAAACUUAAAACUUCCUUUGUAAGUGGCUGCAUUUUUAAAUAGCGUUAACUCUUAACUAAAUGUGAAACGAAUGCUACGUGUGUUGCUAUAUGCUUUUUCACUUGAGCUCAGUGCUCAAAAUUUGAACACCAUAUUUCCUCUGGCUUUUUGCAAGUAUUUUAUUAUAUGCAGAUUAUGUGUAAGUGUUAAGCUUAAUAUUGAAGAAUGCACUCUAGUUCACUUAGAUUUUUGUUUUUUAUGGCACUGCUGCAUUAAUAUAGAUAAUUACUGUAGGUUCUUAUUUUAAGUACUGUAUGAGACAUGAGAGCGCAUAUCACGCGGCAUAGGUCAAUUUUAAACUCCUCAUAUUUAAGCUAUGCUCCCCUAAACUCCUUGGCGAUGAGCUAACCCCCCGUCUCAUUUGCCCCAAGCAAGCUAUAUUUUAAGGAUACGACACGGAGAGUAGGCUUCCUUAGAUACUUGAAUACAUUCUACAACAUGGCUGCUCCAUUUGCACAUUGGCGCAAGUUCUCUUUCUAGACUGAGUAAUGACGAUCUGGAUUCAUGGACAGCAAGGGUCGGGGGCGCAGCGACGGCAGCGAGCGUCCGACGAGUGAGAGAAUGAAUCGGACCAGAAGCAUUAGUUUGCAGAAUGAUACACCCCCCCCCCCUCCCUAUUGCUGGAUAAGCUGAACAGUCCUGACACCUCAACAAUACGGCGCUUUACGGGCCUGCCCACGCCCCGCUCCACCCUGUUUGCACUGGCUCUGAUUUUUAAUGACAAAAUGUAUCGAAACAAUCGGCUGGACUCUCCCCUCAAUCCGCCAGUAUAGUGAGGAGAGCUUACAUGGUUCCGGUCCCCAGGAUUUCAGACAACUAACAAAACAGGCUGUUACUCUCGCUUGGCUGGCUGGCUGCAAUGCUUUUCAGCCCUACAGGAAAAGGCCGGUGAGAGUCAGCCGGGCAUGGCCGCGUCUAACCAUUCACUUCCUAACACGUCGGUCCCACAGUGUUCAGAGCUAUAGGAGCUUCUGUCUCUCCUCAGGAUCAGCAUAUCUCUAUCUUUAGAUUCAGCAGACCUCUGCUUAUACUGUGUGUGCCUUUGCUGUGAAUGUUCAUCUCGAGAGAGACAAACUUCCUCCUUGUCAGGAUAUGACUGAUAUAUGCCUCAUGCUUGUAAGAACAAGUUUAUAUUCUACUGAAUAAAGCAUU